CUUAAAGAUGAAGAUUGUACAUUUCAAGCAAAAAUCUCAUUAUCGAUCAAAUUGAAAAUCUGGUUUUCUAUGCUUACAUCUCCAAUGCUGUGUUUAUCACAUGCAUGUUUUGCACCAAAGUUAAAAAAGAAUCUGAAGUCAUAAUUGCAGCAUGUUUUCGAAAAUUGGAAAAGGCGUCAAUGUUUUGUUAUUUCUACUAGUUCCUUCUUUGGUGAAAAAAUAAUGGAAACCAAAAUCAUGAAAUAUGAACACACACACACACACACAAUCACUCACUGAAAUAGAAGAGCACACUCUGUCCCCCUGAGGCUUCAUCUUCUUCUCUCUCUCUUUCUGUGCUCUCAAAUCCAUCUUUUUUGAAUUGAGCUAUAUAAGCAAGCCCAUAAACAAACAAACUUCCAGGUCUUCCAUCCCACAUGAAAAAUGUCUAUAUCAGUUCCUUUUUAGUUCUUACUCCCUCUCUACUUCUUCCUUCCUCCUCCUAGUACCAAAAAAGCUGCUUUCUUUCUUUCUUUCCAACUUCCCUUCAUCUCUCAUCAUUCUGAAACAAAAAGAAACCUUCACUUCAUUGCUAAUAAUCCAUCCAACUCAAAAAUUACUUUUGAAGGGGGAAAAAAUGAUUCUUCAGAUUGCUGUAGUGGUUCUAGCAAUGUUCCCAUUCAGUUUCUGUCUGAAUCAGGAAGGGGAGAUUCUUCAGAAAGUUAAGCUCAACUUCGACGACCCGGACGGUUUCUUUUCCGAUUGGACUGACCGGGCUGAUACGCCUUGCAAGUGGAAGGGCGUUACUUGUGACCUUCAAUCCCGUUCCGUUACUUCUCUUGACCUCUCAAGUGCAAAUCUCGCCGGCCCUUUUCCGGCCUCCUUACUCUGCCGCAUGCGGAACUUGACUUAUGUUUCAUUCUACAACAAUUUCGUGAACUCCACCUUGCCGGAGGCGGACCUCAUUGCCUGCAAUUCCUUGGUUCAUCUCGACUUAGCCCAAAACCUUCUAACUGGGACGCUUCCCACUUCCGUUGCAGAGCUUCCAAACCUCAAGUACCUCGAUUUGACUGGAAAUAACUUUUCCGGCAAGAUUCCGGCAAUCUAUGGGACUUUCCGGCAACUUGAGGUUCUGGGCUUAGUCGAGAAUUUGCUCGAGGGAACAAUCCCGGCAUUUUUGGGCAACAUCUCGAGCUUAAAGCAGCUGAACUUGUCGUACAACCCGUUUACACCGGGUCGGAUCCCGCCGGAGCUGGGUAACCUGACGAAUCUGGAGACUCUUUGGCUCACCCAAUGUAACUUGAAUGGAGAAAUCCCUGAGUCACUGGGUCGAUUGACAAGAUUGGCCGAUUUGGACUUGGCUAUGAACUAUCUGGAAGGACCCAUUCCGGGCAUACUCACGGAGUUAACUAGCAUAGUCCAGAUAGAGCUGUAUAACAACUCGUUGACCGGGGAGUUGCCGGCCACCGGCUGGUCGAAAAUGACGGCGUUAAGAAGAAUUGAUGCUUCUAUGAAUCAGCUGACUGGAACGAUCCCAUCUGAGCUGUGUGACCUGCCGCUUGAGUCUCUCAACUUGUACGAGAAUUCUCUGGAAGGCGAAUUGCCGGAAAGCAUAGCUAACUCUCCGAAUUUGUAUGAGUUGAGGCUUUUCGAGAACAAUUUGAGUGGAAAACUGCCAAAGGAAUUAGGUAAAAACUCACCUCUAAUAUGGAUUGAUGUGUCAACUAACAAGUUUUCUGGUGAAAUCCCUCCAAAUUUGUGCGGAAAAGGGGUUUUGAAGGAGGCUUUGAUGAUUAACAACUCAUUUUCCGGCGAAAUCCCUGCGAGCCUUGGUGAAUGCCGGAGUUUGAAUCGGGUCAGGCUGGCCGACAACAAAUUAACUGGCCCUGUGCCGGAUGCGCUGUGGGGGCUCCCUCAUGUGUCAUUGCUGGACCUCAAAGGCAAUUCCUUGUCUGGUGGAAUUGCCAAGACUAUCGCCGGUGCUUCAAAUUUGACAUCUUUGAUUUUGUCAAGUAACAAAUUCACUGGCAGUAUCCCGGACGAACUGGGACUUCUGGAUAAUCUCUUGGAAUUUUCUGGGAAUGAUAAUGUGUUUCUUGGUCCUUUGCCUGGGAGCAUUGUAAAUCUCGGGCAAUUAGGGAAGCUUGAUCUUCAUGAUAAUGGUUUGUCCGGUGAGCUGCCGAAAGGGAUUCAUUCUUGGAGGAAGUUGAAUGAGUUGAAUUUAGCCAACAAUGAUCUGUCCGGGAAUAUUCCUAAAGAAAUUGGGGAUUUAUCUGUCCUGAAUUAUCUCGACUUAUCAGGAAAUCGAUUCUCUGGGAAGAUACCUAGUGAGCUCCAGAAUUUAAAGCUCAAUCAGCUCAAUCUCUCAAAUAAUAGGCUUUCUGGGGAUAUUCCUCCACUUUAUGCUAAAGUCAUGUACAAGAACAGUUUCUUGGGCAAUCCUGGAUUGUGCGGUGACAUAGAGGGUCUCUGUGAUGGAAGAAAUGAAGCCAACAAGGGUUAUGCUUGGGUGUUGAGGCUGAUUUUCGUUGCGGCAGUGCUGGUAUUCAUUGUUGGUGUGGCCUGGUUCUACCGAAAGUACACCAGUUUCAGAAAGGUGAAAAUGGCGAUUGACAAGUCGAAAUGGACUUUGAUGUCGUUUCACAAAUUGGGUUUUAGCGAAUAUGAGAUAUUGAAUGCUCUGGAUGAGGAUAACGUGAUUGGAAGCGGUGCCUCUGGAAAGGUUUACAAGGUUGUGCUCAGCAAUGGAGAAGCUGUUGCCGUGAAAAAGCUCUGGGGAUGUUCAAAACUUGCGGAUGAUGAGAGUACUACUACUCAGAGUAGUGACAUUGAGAAAGGUAGUAAUUUCCAGGACGGAUUUGCUGCAGAGGUGGAGACACUGGGUAAAAUUAGGCACAAAAACAUUGUGAAACUUUGGUGCUGUUGUACUGCGAGGGAUUGUAAGCUCCUGGUUUAUGAGUACAUGCCUAAUGGCAGCUUAGGUGAUUUGCUCCACAGCAACAAAAGUGGCUUGCUGGAUUGGGCAAUAAGGUAUAAGAUAGCCAUGGAUGCUGCUGAAGGCCUUGCUUAUUUGCAUCACGAUUGUGUUCCUCCUAUUGUUCAUAGAGAUGUAAAAUCCAAUAACAUAUUGUUGGAUGCCGAUUUUGGAGCUCGAGUUGCUGAUUUUGGUGUUGCCAAGGCGGUUGAUCCUAAUGGGAAAGGCGGAAAGUCCAUGUCUGUCAUUGCAGGGUCUUGUGGUUAUAUUGCACCAGAGUAUGCAUAUACACUCAGAGUGAAUGAGAAGAGUGAUAUAUACAGCUUUGGUGUAGUUAUUCUUGAGUUGGUGACAGGAAGGCUUCCAGUUGAUCCUGAAUUUGGCGAGAAGGAUUUAGUUAAGUGGGUUUGCACUACAUUGGAUCAAAAGGGAAUUGAUCAUGUAAUUGAUACAAAACUUGACUAUUCUUGCUUCAAAGAAGAGAUAGGGAAAGUCCUAAAUGUAGGUCUGCUGUGUACAAGUCCCCUACCGAUUAAUCGGCCCUCGAUGCGACGAGUGGUAAAGAUGUUGCAAGAUGCUGGCGGAAUCCAUCUCAAAAAUUCUAGCAUGAAGGACGGAAAAUUAACGCCUUAUUACUACGAAGAUGCAUCGUCGGAUCAAGGAAGUGUAGCUUAAAUUUGAGACUUUCAGCCUGCCUUCUCCUCUUGUUCAUUAGCUAACAACAAUUAAGUGUUUUUUUUUUGCAAGUUCCCCUCCAAUGUUAAUUUUUUUUUUCAGGGGGUGAGGGAUGUGAAAGGAGUUUAAUGUUGGUUUGGUCAUUGUAAAUUAACACCCCACCAAAGAGUUGGGUCAUUCCAAGUUCGAAAAAAGAAAAUGGUGAUUGAUUUGCAUUAAGUUUGGUACCUAAAUACACUGUGGUUUUUGUUCUGAUGGUGACUUCUCUCACUUCAUCAUUUCCUAGGUGAAUUCUAGUUGAUGUUAAUAUUAGUAGGGCAUUUCCAGGUAGAGUUGUUGCUCAAUUGGUACUAUUUUUCAUUAAAAAUGUGAGCAAACAAACCAAAUAUGGAAGGGUGGUACAACUCCCCCUGGAUUCGUUUCUUUCAAUUCUCUACAAAUCUUGAG